UGCUAGUUGAAUGACCAGUUGGACAAACACAUCAGAGGAUGGAAGCAGCAAGGCCUCUGCUUCCUGAUUUAUUCCACCAUUAAAAGCAGCCUGAAGUGUGACUCCACAUCACUGUGGCAGAUUUAUGCUCACAGUGAGGAUUUAGGAAGUGUCCCAGAUCCAGCUGGUGCACCAGUACACCCUCGCCGUCGACUGUUCUGAUGUCACCGCUGAUGACCGGCAGCAUGCAGGCGUAGUUUGCUCCUCACCUCCCCUGUGGAAAAGUAAACCUCCAGGAUUUGGAACUGACUGAAGACAAGAAAUGUCAGCUGGUGAGGCUUUCGUUACCCUGGCCACCUCAGACUCCUACUGCCAGGGGGCGACAGUGGUGGCCAGAAGUUUGCGACGGCAUGGAACAACUCGCCACAUAGUCGUCAUGGUGACCCCAAACAUCUCUGAACAGUCAAGAAAAGUCCUUGAGAACGUCUUUGAUGAGAUCAUCACUGUGGAUGUGAAGAACAGCGAGGACCAACUCCAUCUGUCCAUGCUGGGACGUCCUGAGCUUGGCGUCACCUUCACUAAACUCCACUGCUGGAAUCUGACUCAGUACAACAAAUGUGUCUUCCUGGAUGCUGAUACACUGGUCUUGUGCAAUGUGGACGAGUUGUUCCAACGGGACGAGUUGUCAGCUGCUCCUGACCCUGGCUGGCCCGACUGCUUUAAUUCUGGCGUGUUUGUCUUCAGACCGUCCAAGAUCACCUACACCAGCCUGCUGGAUCUUGCCCUGCAACACGGCAGCUUUGAUGGAGGAGAUCAGGGCCUCCUAAAUUCAUUCUUCAGCAGUUGGAGUGUGGAAGACAUCAGUAAACACCUGCCAUUCAUCUACAACCUGUGUGCCAGCUCUGUGUACACCUACCUCCCUGCUUUCCAACAGUUCGGCCACCAGGCAAAGAUAGUCCACUUUGCAGGAGCCGUGAAGCCGUGGAGCCCACAGAGGAACGGCUGCCACUCACAGAGUCUGGAGCAGUUUGAGUCUCUGUGGUGGAAGGAAUAUCACAGUCAGACACCUUCUGCUCCAGACACUCAGCGCACUCCAAGAAGACCCAAACAACAGAUCCAAGAACAAGAGGUCAAAGUGCCAAUUACAGGAAACUUGGACAGCUCCAGUUCACUGCUUGCACAUUUUUCUCCAUCCUCCAACAGUCUUCACUCUCACACCAAAGAGAUGAUGGCUCCCCGCACAGACAGAACACCAGUGCAGGAAUCACCAGUCCUGGAGAAAGAGUCUCCAUCAACAGAGACAGCAGAGGUCAGUGACCUCCCUGGAGCUGGAGCUGAAGCGUCGGAGGACAGGAAAGGCACUGCAGAUGAAGACGCUCAGCCGGCAGAAGAAAGAGAGGCAGAGCAUCGCAGAAUGUGGGAGGCAGGACAGGUGGACUACCUUGGCAGAGAUGCUUUCCAGAACAUCCAGAAGAUGCUGGACCGCUUCCUAGACCCACAAUAUGAAACCUCUCUUCCUUAAAGUGCGCCAUCACUCGCUGAAGUUUUUACACCCCUUGAAGUUGUCCACACUUUGCACUGUUCCAAAUGAAAACUUUUAUUAAUCUUAUUAGGAUUUUAUGGGAGUGAUCAAUAGAAAAUACUAUUUUCAUGUUUUUUUCCAUCAAAAACAGGAAAAGUUGAGUAUAAUUUUCCUCCAGUUCCACAGUGAUGCAAUAACAAUCAUGUGAAAUCACAAUGUAAUUUUUUAGUUUUUGGUUGCAAUGGGAUUAAAUGUGGAAUAGUUAAAGUCUGGUGUUGAUAUGAGCUUUUCAAUUCCUAGAGAAGUCAUGAAGUGUAAAACCACCAUACAGCCUAAGUAAUACAAACACUGUAGAGCUUUUUUAUGAUCUUUUCAUUAAAAGGACAAAGCCUUUUCCUUCCUGUAACUCUAGAUGGAUGUGGACACUGUGACUCAUAUUUAAACUGUGUGAUAUGUUUUCCUAUUUGUGUUCUGUUAUGGAUAAAAGCUCUCUGACAAA